AUGACAGACUUGUGGAUGGUCAUCUUUGGCGGUGACGGGGGCCGCAUAUCAGCCAACUUUACAUGGUGGAAUGUAGGUGUCGCCUCCACAUUUAUCUUGGUGAAUGUGGUUAUUUCGGUCAUGAUGCAAUUAAAAUUGGAGAUCCCACUCAUUAUCAGCUCCGUACGCUGUAUACUUCAGCUCAGCGUCAUGGGCUUGAUUCUUCAAGACGUCUUUGAAGCCAAAAGCCCAUACUAUGUUGCAUUUUUAACGGCUGUGCUUAUACUUCUCAGCACGUAUGAAACUGUUUAUGACAAGGCUGAUCAAGCUUGGAGUGGGAUGUUUAUGUCCGUGCUUGUCAACACGGCAUUCUCGACCUUAUUUAUCGGGAUCGUUGGCACACGCUAUGCCAUGAGAGAGCAAAACUUUUGGUUACCUGAAGUCUUUAUUCCAUCCAUUGGCCUAUUACUAGGCAUCACUGCAAGCUCUAUGGCUGUUAGCUUGAAUGCGUGUUUAUCGGAGCUCACUUCAAACCAAAGCCGGAUUGAAACAUACCUUUCCUUUGGUGCCACACGUUUUGAAGCUUCAAGAUCCAUUGCCAUUGAUGCUGUGCGGCUUGCUAUGCUUCCUACCAUCAACCGCAUGUCCAUUGUCGGCUUAAUCACUAUCCCAGGAACCAUGACAGGUCAAAUUUUAGGAGGAGCACCGAUUUGGAAUGCGGUGCGAUACCAAGAAAUCAUUUCUUUUAUGAUCACUGCUAGUUCAGGCAUUGCCGUUUUGGGUGUGGUGGCGUCAUGCUUGCACGCCGUGAUUGAUACCAAACAUCGAUUACGUACAGAGCGUGUAAAGGAAGUUCAAAUCCCCAUCCUACAUGGAUUGAAAAAGUGGUCAGAGAGGAAAUUUAAUCAUACCAAAGAGAAACUCGCUGACAUGCGAUCAAGGUCGACAUCAGAUGAAAGACGUCCCCUUCUCUCAUCCAAUUAA